AUGCUUAUUAAAUAUGCGAAUUUGAUAAUUACACUUUUAUACCUUUCUUCCAGUGACAUCCAUACGUUUGUCACGUAUCGCAAUCAUAACUUUCGUCCAGAUAACAAUUUGUUGAUUUUUGGGGGUAAAAAAAGGGCACUUGUGUUAUACAACCCCAACGAUCCUAGACCAGAUCUAUGGACCAAAAUCAACUUUCCCGAGCAGUAUCCUAUGAUUGAAUUGAAGGCUGUUAAGUACAAGAUGGGAAAUGUAGUGGCCCCAAACGGUUACGUUGAAGUUAUCACCGCAUUGUUCAUUCCUCCUCAGAUGAUUUGUCAGUUUGAUGAUUUUGGACGGUGUUUGGUUUCAUUUGGAAAGCCAUUAUGGGAAAAGAGAUGGCAUAAAAAGCCGCAUUUAGGCAAAUUAUCCCGUGUUGGAGCAAAUUUCUCCCGUUUGGCUUCGGUAAAACUUCAGCCACCUCAUGAUUUUUCCCUUGGUCAAUUACUUGACUGCAGCUUAUUUGCAAACUGCACGCAUGUUAAAGUAUCUGGGAUUACAAAAGGCAAGGGAUUUUCUGGUGCAAUUAAGCGCCAUGGCUUCCAGAGAGGUCCCACUACCCAUGGAUCAAAGCAUCAUCGGAAAAUCGGUUCAAUUGGCGCAUCUACAACGCCAGGGCGUGUAUUUCCGGGUAAAAAAAUGCCUGGAAGAAUGGGUGGGACAAGCGCUACCUUUAGACGUCUCAAACUCAUUGGUAUAAACGUCGAGUCAAAUUUGAUAUUUGUAAAGGGCAGCGUGCCUGGAAACAAAGGGAGCUAUGUCUCGGUAACAACUGAUAUGAAAGGCGUACCAGAUCCUAGAUUCACUCCCACAAUUGAUGUCAGUUUGAACUAG